AGACUAUACGAAGCCUUCAAAACAUGUUUGUUACACAACAUCGGAAACUGUGGCGUACGAUCGAGACGCCAUUGUUGUUGAUAGAAUUCUUGAAAAGGAAACGGCCCUCGUUGGUGUACAUGCUUUUCUUACAGUGAACUGUCAUUGUAAUUAGGUUAUGCCUGUAUGCAGUUCGAUAUAAUGUGCAGUUUUUGGAGCCAAGUGGAUUGUGAAGCUGCGAAUUGAAGCGAAGUCGUCAAGCGCAAGUAUCGCUGAGUCUUCUUGAUGAGAUUUCUCUGUCCGAUAAUCACCGAAUCACAUCAACAAUUUGUCGAAAUAUUCAAGCAGAAUUUUGCUGAUUUUAUUAACUGAUGAUAUCUGAUUGCACCGCCUACUUUGUCUUCAGUAUUUUGGCCUGUCGUUUUCACAGACUCCAAACUGCUUUAAUAUAGAACAGACCUUACUUUUUAGGGCCUAAAUAAGUUAGGCUCCGACCGCAUAUUCUUAUCCUCCUAACAAAAAUUAGAAAUUUGGAUCGCAUCUCGUUUUCAUCUGACAAACACUGUCAUUGUCUUUGUGAUUCCUUGGCUUAAUUCGACACUCACACUCAAGUGUCUGUCACCAGUCUUUCGAGAUCGAGAGAGAGCAGAUUAACGUUCCCAGUCCUGGAAUUGAGAUAUAAGUUAUCUCUUCUGGACAUUGACAAGGCAGAAUAUGGUUCACAUUGAUGCCGAUAUACCUCAUCUCGAUUAACUAAAAACACCAGCUUUUCAGAACUUCAAAGUCGUUUUCUUUUCGCAAUCUAACUUACAUUGUCAUUAUGACAGCAAGUGUGGUAUUGUUUGAUCAUUUUGACAAGAUUCGAGCCGGCUGAGCUUCCAUGUUACGCAGUCUUCCAAAACAAAGCAUCUUUUGGGGAUAGGAUCCCACUUAAAACUCUUUAGACCUCAAAAGGUCUGGACAACUAUAAAUUUUAAUUCGGGAACACCCAGGAUUUCGGAAGGAGAAGCUGACACCACGGAAGGUAGACUAGAGAAGUUUAACAUUUUGAAAUUAGAUUAAGACGACUUGUAUCCAUCUCCCGAAACUUAAGGCAAUCUGUCUGUUCAGAAUUGGACUGACGCAUUUUGUGAAAGAGAAAUUUUGUUUGCUACCUGAAAACAUGCCAAAGAGGAAGCAUCGAUCCAGUCGCCAUUCAGAGAAGCCGGGAUGUCUUGUUCACUGGUUUCGCAAAGGACUCCGUCUUCAUGAUAACCCGUCCCUGAAAGAGGGGCUAAAAGCAGCGAGUGGAUUCAGAUGUAUUUAUAUUCUUGAUCCUUGGUUUGCUGGGUCCUGUAGCAAAGGGGUCAACAGAUGGAGGUUUCUGUUGGAAUGUUUAGAGGAUCUUGACUCCAGUCUGAGGAGGCUCAACUCCAGACUAUUCCUCAUCCGAGGUCAACCAGCAGAUGUCCUCCCAAGACUUUUCAAGGAAUGGAAGGUGACGCAGCUGUCGUUCGAGGAGGACAGCGAGCCGUUUGGAAGAACUCGAGACAAGGCAAUCAGCACCCUCGCCCAAGAAGCUGGAGUCAAAGUUAUCUCCCAGGUAUCGCAUACUCUCUACGACCCCAAAGAAAUCCUUGCACUGAACGAUAAUGAGCCUCCGCUAACGUACAAACGUUUCCAAGACAUCAUCUCAAUGAUGGGUAUACCCGUUUACCCGGUCGAUGCGCUCGAGGCCGAAGAUGUCGAGGGACUCGAAACUUUUAUCGACCCCAACCACGAAGAUAAAUACGGCAUUCCUACCCUAGAAGAAUUGGGGUUUGAUCAGGAAGAUGUGCCUCCUCCUAUGUGGAUAGGUGGUGAGACUGAAGCCAAACAGAGACUUGAUCGUCAUCUUGAAAGAAAGGCAUGGGUCGCCAAUUUUGAAAGGCCCCGGAUGUCCCCCGCCUCUCUGAUGGCGAGCCCCGCCGGCCUGAGCCCCUACCUCCGUUUCGGUUGUCUCUCUCCGAGAACUUUCUACUGGAAAUUAACCGAGCUCUACCAAAAGGUUCGCAAGACGACACACACUCCGCUAUCCCUCCACGGUCAACUCCUGUGGCGUGAGUUUUUCUUCACAGUGGCCUGUAAUAACAACAUGUUUGACCGCAUGGUGGACAACCCCAUCUGCAUACAGAUUCCGUGGGAUAAGAACACGGCUAUGCUCAACAAAUGGGCAAACGGUGAGACCGGCUAUCCCUGGAUUGAUGCAAUCAUGACCCAGUUGCGUCUUGAAGGUUGGAUUCAUCCGCUGGCCCGACACGCUGUGGCCUGCUUCUUGACCAGAGGUGACCUCUGGAUCAGCUGGGAAGAGGGUAUGAAGGUCUUUGAUGAGUUUCUAUUGGAUGCUGAUUGGAGCGUCAACGCUGGGAACUGGAUCUGGUUAUCCUGCAGCUCAUUUUAUCAACAGUUCUUCCAUUGCUACUGCCCUGUCAAGUUUGGUAGGCGGACAGACCCAAACGGUGACUAUGUCAGGAAAUAUCUCCCUUUUCUCAAGAACUUCCCAUCAAAGUACAUCUUCGAGCCCUGGACAGCGCCCCUGGAGGUCCAAGAAAAAGCAAAGUGUAUUAUUGGCAAGGACUAUCCGCUUCCAAUUGUCGACCACGCGGAGGCGUCUCAUCGGAACAUCGAGAGGAUGAGGAAGGUCUAUAAUAAUUUGUCGCGGCAUGGCGGACCAGGAAUAUUGGGAUCAGUGCCAAGCUCCAAAGCAGCAUCUGCUCCUCCUAAAGUGGGUAAACCCAGUGUGUCUUCUAAGCUCAUGCCAGAGCAACAGCAGCAUCAGCAACAGAUCCAGGAAGCUCCGGUGGCACAAUCUCCAAACAACAGCAUCCUCAUGCCAAGACCCAGAAAGAUGCGCUUCAUGGGUAUGGGAAUGGGCCACAUGCAGAUGCCUUUCAGCAGAGACACCGGAAGCAACAUGGGCGAAGGCAGCGGCAUCGGGGGUGGUGGCGUCGGAGCGGGUGUCAGCGAAGUGUCGGUUGUUCCAGACGUCAGGGGCAUGGAGGUCAGUAGGUUGAGCGUGACCGACGUUACGAGUCAUCUUCCGGGAAGCAGUACUAGUACCUUGAGCUAUCAACCAUCUCUGGUGAUACAGCAGCAUCAUCAGCAUCCGCAGCAACAUCCGCAGCAACAUCAGCAACAACAUCAGCAACAACAACAGAUGAGUCAACAACACAUGCCAGUCACGAUCACUGGCUUGAGUUCGAUAGAUGUCCCUGGCACCUCAGGAAGCUUGCUCAAAGAACUCGAAGGGGCUGAUUGGCAGUCCCACUGGCAGUUCACGAAUCAAUGACAUUCAUCUCCUUGAGAAUUGAGGACAAGCAGCUAUUCAGUUCCUUCAGCUACCUAUCGUUCUUUGAUUAUCAUAGUUUCUAUAAAUAUGUACAUCUGUUGUUCAUCAGGAAUUAAAUCAUGUGCUGUUUUUCUGAUAUGGGUGUGAUGACUACACUGAAUAUCAGAGUUGAAAAUGUAUGUACAGUUUUCUUGUUUCUAAUGGAAUUAAAUGAUAUGCUCACUUGAACAUGUAUACCAAUGCACUUCUGAAGAAUUUCUGCAGUUGAUAUUGUGCAAACCAUAGAGUUAUAUGAUCAUGUCAAAGUCUUAUUGUGAUUAUUGUUUAUAGAAUUUCCAUGUGAAGUGUUCAUUGUCUCACACAAUGGGAUGUAUGUUGACAUCACAGACUGUCUGUAGUGUGGCUCUAAACAGACUAACAGAUUAUUUUUAGCCCUUGAGCACAUUGCUUGAAAGUUUUUUUUCUCUCUCAGGCAGCAUGCUCACUUGUUUGAACAUGAAAAAUACCCAAUAUUUUCUGAUAAGAUCUGAUAUAAAGAUAAGAACACAACCAUCAGAUUAUACUAGGCACAGAGACACCAGUCCUUUGCCAGCUUUCUAGCCUCCAAAACUUCCCUUUCAGGCCUUUACAUGUUUUACAUUGUAGGGGAUAUGUGUAGGUUACUAGGUAUUAAAGGCCAGGAAAGGUUCUGGUUAUAUUUUUUCUGUUCAGGCAAAUGUUGUAAGUAGUAACUAGUGAUAUAAUUGUAAGACAUUCCGGGUAUUCAAUUUCCGAUCUUGCUUUUAUAUCCAGCCACAUUCAUACUUGUACCUUUAAUAAACUGGUGGUAUCUCACAGCUAUAUUCUAUCUUCAGUUAAUAAAAAUGAUAAUAAUAUGCAAAAUUUAAUAGUGCUUGAUACAAUUUUUCUAAGCACCGCAUACUGUUAACCCGGCUCUAGCAAUGCUACCCUGAUUGAAUGCUCGAGCAUUCAAGGAAUUCCUUCCUACCGGGUACCUACAUGUAUUUACUACACCUUGGUGGAGAGUGGCAAAUGUAGAUAAAUGCCUUGCAAUAAUAUGCAAGUGCUGCAGUGAGAUUUGAACCCGGACCUUGCGGGUCAUGAAGUUAUUCAGGGAGCCACAACACCACCACUUUCUUCAUCCAAGUCGUGUAAAAACCUCAAUUUCCCAUCUCAUUUCAUUUUAAUUUUUAACUUGCACAAACAGAAACUCAUUCUUGAUAAUCAUCAAGAAUGCUAAGAAAAUAAAAAAAUGAAAAAUGAUGACACUUGGUUCUGUAGAAAUUUUUACAGAAACAGUGUUUGUCCCAUUACAUGAACAUUACUCUAUAAUCCUACCAGAUAGUUUAUGCUGCAUGGUACUGAGUGGCUGGCUAGAUAAGCAAGAUUGGACUAUAUUUCAUGCAUGAUUCAAGGAAGAUAUGAUCACACUAGAUUUUCUGGCUUAAGCCUAUCCAUGAUCUCGGUUAAAUGAUGAUAAAUUAAAGUGUCUGUGAAUAUGUAGACCUUGAUCAUACAGUGAAUAAAUUGCUUUUCAUUGCGCAUGUUGGUGAAUAUUGUAGAGCGUGUCUUGUAUAAUUAUAAAAGCCUUUGGAAGGUGUCGUGUAAUCACAAAUAGAAUUUGAAAAAAAAAUGUGUGCACCACUUUUAUGCUUCAGUUGUGUGUUGGGAAAUUGAUUGAAUUAAUUAUCUCCUCUCAUGUAUGUAAUUAAAUGUACAGCAUCACCAAAAAAAGAGAGAUUGAAAUGAUCACACUUUGUUCUAUUUUUAUACAUGUAUGUGUAUGGUGCUGGGUAGAGAAAGAGCGAAUUGAGAAUUUACACUACUGUGAUCUGGCCAUAAUUGGGUUUCUAAAAGGUUAGAUAAAUCUAGAAUUCUACUCCCAUUGCAUUAAUAUCAAUGAGGUGACAGUCUGCUGACUUUCACAAUUUUCUUUAACUACAUGAAUAGAAAUAGAUGAAUAUGAAUAAAAAUAUAAAUGAGUACAAAUGAAUAUAAAAUAUCUAUAAAUGUAUAUAAAUAAACAUAAUGUAGAUGAGGAAAUAUUUCCUAUUUCUGAAAAAAAUGGUUUCCAAUGUUAAACAUCAGCUUCGAUAUUAGGUGAUCUGUAUCAAGUUAAGGUUUUUUUAAAGGUCUGAAAUAACACCUUUGAUUCGUAAAAUUGGCAACAAUGUUUCCUUCUUUUUUUUCUUGUUCAAAUAAGGCAAGAAGAAAAUAGAUUAUAUUUCUCCACUGAGAUAUUAGGUUAAAUGUAUGGAAUUACAAUUUCAGCGAGGUCUGAUAUAAACACACUUUAAUUUCAUUUUUUAAAUUCUAUUUCGUUUUUAUUUUACGCACAAAGUAAGGGAAAAACAGAAGAAUGCAAGUCUCCCGACUUGUCAGAGAAAAUCUGCAAAAAAAUGUUGAACUAUCUCAAUGCAAAACUACCUCCUUUCCAACAGCUUUCAAAGUCAUUCAUUACACUAUGUCUAAUGAAUCGUUUUGGGUUGAGAAAGAUCUUUGAUAGCUUCAUGUAAGUGAGUUACAAAAGAAAUCAUUAGUGAUUAUGAUAUUGGUAUGAUAUUUCACUGUAGUUUUUUCUUCCUUUACAGAUAAAUGAAAGUUGUUGCAGUAAACACCGAUUUUAUGAGAAGUCUGUAAAACAAAGUUUGUUACCGUAUCAUCCUAGACCUAGAUCUUGUACAGUUACAUACUGAACUUUGUCAAAUCAUGAAAUCUAAGCUGGCUUGGAAAAAUACCUGACAUUUUGAUGAAAUAUGCUUAUCUUGCUUUUUUUCUCAGCAAUUUCACAAUUUUUUCCAAAAUCCUUUGGUAUAUUUCAUACUCGUACAAACAGACACUUGUGGUGUCAUUUGAUCGAAUUCUGUAAAAACUCAUUUUAAAAUCGUUACAACUGGCAUUUAUCUAUGUUUAGGUUGGGGGGGGGGGUAUGAUGAAAGUGAAAUACAUCCAUUCCAAACAUUAAUUCACCGUUUAUUAUCUAUCCAUAUUUCAUUCACUUCUGAUCGUUUUUAAAACCAUGUGAGUUGAGCGUCCAAUAAAAUGUAGGCAGAUACUGUGACGUCUGGAUGUGCUAAUAUUCACACAAAAUGAAUAAAGAAACAUAAAUCCCACAGUUUAAAUAAGUCAGGGAAACUGUUAUAAAUGGUUGGAAAAUGUAUUAUUGAACUUACAUUGUAUAAGCAAUUCUUGAAUUACAGAGGUGUACAGCAUUUCAACUCUCUCUCCCAGUAGAAAUUAUUUUAAUGCAACCAGUUUUGUGGCAAACUAUUCAAAAUUCCCUUAAAUUCUAUCAAAUUUUAUAUUGAAAGGUAUAUCUGUAGCACUGUCAAUAAAGAGAUAUUAUUAUGAAUUUGCCAAUAUUUGGUAGAUGCUCUGCUUUUUUUUAAAUAGAUAAAUAUAUCUUUUUUAAAGAAAAUCUUUCUGGUUAUUAGUUGAAUAUUUGUAAAUGCUAGAUCUUAUGACAGAAAUAUUCUGCCAUGUUAACAAUGUGAACUUUUUUUAUUUCAAAAGAAUUGAAAAUUGCAAGCUAGCAUUAUUACCAAAUAUGUACACGUAAGAGCAAAGGUAUUCGGUGCACAUUUAAAUGAAAUUUGUCACCUUAUAGUUGCUUUCUAAAUUUGCUACCAAGUCUACACACAAAUAAAAGGGUAGAUCUGUAUAUUGCUCAAUUUUUACUUGUAAGAUACAUGUAGGCAGGUCCUUGCAUUUCUUCUUCAAGCUGACCAAGAAUUUCCAAAGUUAAUGAUUUCCUCUUAGUUUAAUGCAUUAUGAAACAAUGUUUUGUAUUUUUUUUUGUUCAUCCAAAUUGAUCUCCUUCUGUGUUAAACAAUGUUAGCACUUAACAAACAAUAAGUUAUUGCUAAGAGAAGCCCUGUUACAACUGGAAACGUUACUUACAUUUUGGAUCAGUGUUUGACAUCGCAAUCCAAAAGAUGUGACCGGGCCUAUUGUUAGUGCCCUGUUAGCACUAACAUUUCUGUGCAGCUGGUACAGAACGUUGGGAUGACUUUUAAUACCAUACUUUAUGAACGACAACCAGUUAUUUUAAUUCACCAAAUUGAGCCACUGUUUAUGUGUAUAAAUGCCGAACCUGUGGACUCUGAAGUCCCAAGUGUUCUUAUCUGUGUGUGUGUUUUUAUAUCUUGUAUAAAAUGUAUACCAUAUUGAAUUUUUAGAUGUUUAUUUUGUUUUCUUGACCAUGUGGUUAAAAGCUACUUGCAGGAAUGCAGGAGGUAACAUAAUGAUGUAUGUGAUCACAGAAAGGUUGCAGAAUUUAGAUGUUAAUUUUUUGUGUCAAAUAAAUAUGCUUCACUCUGUAAAAUA